GUGGAGUCAGUUGCCCGCUGACCGCUGUGCAGCACGGAAGAGGAAGCGCGCUUCGCCCUGGAACUGUUGAAUGUGACUGUAAACUGUUUAGUGUCUGUAGGAGUGGGCUGGUGAGGCGCUCGACGGAGAGGCAGUGUGAAGCGCAUCAAGACGAAGGGGUGUCACAAGGUGUCAUCGGCGCGCGGGCACACCAGACCCACCAGACGGCGUGAGUGCAGCGGCUCGGCGUGCGGCAGGUACGCGACCCCUCCCUGCCAGCCAGCUGUUUGUGCCCCACCUUUCUCCCUUUCUCCAAUACCCCCUUGUCCUCCUCCUCCUCCUCCUCUUCCCCGGUGAGAGAGGGUGAGAGGGGCGAGGAUCAUCCGGGCACUCGAAGGACACGCGCCCACAGGUGCUGAAGACACGUCACGUCACAGAGCCGAGGACCUGAGCGCCUUCAGAGGGAGAGCCUUUCCACCACCGCGUCGUGCCAGAUGUCCAGCUUCCAGGCACUCAUCUCACCCCAGAGAGCGCCCUUCUCAUGAAUACCGGCCAGUCUUCGUUAUCGUGAGCACCGGAACGUUUGCUGCCCCAAACCUUGUGCCAGAUAUCAGAACAAGAUCGACAUUAGCUGGUAGAGAAAAAAUUACCCUCGCUAUAGCACGCCUAUAAACCUUGGGAACUGUUGCAAGGAAAGUUGGUAGCCUCGUGUCACUGACCGGGGACAUUAUCAUCCCUUGCUUGGUCCGGUGGAAAUACUACAGAGGUGACAGGAGGUAGCAGCGGUGGUUGAAAGUUCACUACGCAAUCCUGGGUGGUAUUGGGGAAAUUAACCCUGGGCAGUGACUACGUUCAUUUUCACCCAUUCCUGCCUUUACUCAGCUCACCUGAUUUCCGAAAGAUGGCGCAACGCGGAUCUCUCGGAGGCCCACCGGUCUACUGGUGACAGAUCAACCAAAAUCCAUCAAAAUGUCAACGUCUCAUUCUUCGGGAUCUUCUGGAUGCCGCUCGGCAGGACCAUGGUUGCACCCAGUAGGCCCUGGCGGCACCUUGACCCCCAAGAGUUUGUUGCGGCGUCACAAGCUCCCCGUCGCGGCACACCUCCACACUCCCACAGCACCGUCUGGGCUGGACCUUUCUCGACCACUCUUGCUCUACUCUAGCUACACCUCGACAAAGGUGCGAGGUGUGUCCCUGCGACCGGGCAAGGAUGGCGGCAUGACACCCAUAGGUCCCUCCGUCGUUAUCCCGGACUCCUAUACAGCAGGCUGGUUUGCCAUCGUGACUAGUGACGGACACACGGCUCCUUUCUUUUCUACUGUGGAACAAGUUGCCUCCAGUAAAGUGACGUUCUUCCUCACGCGCUAUGAUGUGCCGGCCUACACCAACCUGCAUGAUGACACCGGUCGAAUGACGUACCAAAAGACAGUGGUUCAGAGCGGCCAUGUACUCAAGCUGCUUGGCAUCUUCGAGGACCUCAACGCUCGCCGCACAAACAGCGGUGGGCGAGGCCGUGACAUGUCCUCGUCUGUCUUCACCUGCGACAAGUAUGCGCAGUGCCUUAAUUACAGAAAUGAGGUGGUAUUCUUACCCUUCUCAGCGACAGGCCGAUUCUAUACAACAGCACACAAGACGAGCAAAAGCCCCAACCACGUGUACUUGAUGGCACACAUCCUGAAGAACCACCGCCUGCCCAUCACUGUGCGGCUGGUGUGUGGCUACAUGCCUCGCGUCCCGUGCAACUUUACUGGUGUGUUACGCCUUGAGCAGGCCCAGAAAGAGGCAGUCAUCCUGGCCUGCACUAUGACCAACGAGGCUCAGGCAACCCUCUUUGAAAUCGAUGUUUCCUCAAACUUUGCAUUAACACCAGUCAAGGACCCGAUGUUCCCCAAGACACCAAUCUUCUUGAAGACUGUGUCGUACUGUGAGGACGAGGCAGAAGCCUGGCGCCGCCAGAUCAAGGUGACCCACCACGUCACGGAAUCCAAGAGGUCUAAAUCGAUGAGUCGGUCCGUGUGUGACAGACUCCUGGACCAGCCGCGGACGGCUACCUUUGCUCUCCUCACUGAUCACGGGCGAAGGAAGCUGAACGGCAGCCGUGAUAAAUCCAUGGAACGUCUUGCAGGUUUUUUCCUUGCUGAUAGAUCUCGAGAUAAGAGCAAAGAAAAUCUCCUUCGAGAUAGAAGCAAAGAAAAGAUGCGCGACAGAGACAGAGUGAAAGAAAGACCCAAAGAUAAGCAGCAAGAAAGAGAAAAAUUUGACGGCCCAAACAAGCUUAAUGAGAAAAGUCAGGAUACGAGGAAGCUCUCAAAACAAAACACAUACAUCUUCCAGAAGGGGAGACCCUCCAAAAUGCGGGACCGGCGGCAAGAGGCUGACGCUGUCAACAGACUCAAUAAGUCAAUAGAAAACUUGGAUUACUCACGUGUAGCUGACGAUAUAAGUCCUGUGCACGAAACCGUGGAGGAGGAAGACCACUAUGCCGAAAUAUGUGAUUACAUCAUUGGCGACAAGAGUGGACCAGGAUCUAGAGAAUAUAAUAAACGCGAGAAGAGAAAGUCCAUAGGAGACAGAGAAAGCUCUAGCUAUGCCCGUCAGCUUAGAGGCGACGAUGCAAAUCUGAGUUUUACGUUAUUGAAGAAAGACAUUGGUGGUUAUUAUGUUAAGAUUCCAGGCUUUGAAAUUCCUAAGGGUGAUUGUGAUCUUGAUCCCAUUGCCAACAUUCAACCGGGCAAGAACUAUGACUCCUUGUGUUAGGAACUGUUCAGUAUUACAGUACAAGUAGAGGAAAUGUUUACAUCCUAGUGUAAAUCUUAAAAACCAAUUUAGAUAAUCCUUAUAACUAACUUGUGCCACUUCCCCAAGACAAGCUCAUCUCCACCACCCACCAAGACAUAGUAGAUGGCUCAGACCACACAUUUAUAAACCGUCCCAGACUCACAGUGCCGUCUUCCAUCUUAGGUAGAGGUGGGUGACAGGAGACAUUAUGUAUAUAAGAAGCAUCAGGUGAAUUCUGUUGGAUUUUUUAGUCACGAUUUUGAAAGAAUUCAUAUAAACAAUAGGUGGAUAGUUUGCAUUUUGAUGUGGCUCUAUAAAAGUGUAGUCUUUGUCAUUACAAUUUACAUCAUGUACUGACAAGAGGUGAUCAACAAGACUUCUCCAGCAGCUCGUGUCAUGGCAAGCAAUACUGUGGCUGGAGAUCGAACACUCAAGUUGUAUCUAGUCAGUCAGUACUUUGAAAGGGACUGCUGUAGAUAGAAUUGGUGGGGCAAUCACAUAAUAUCAAUAAUUUUCUUUCUUUAUAUGGAAAAUACCAGAAAAUCUCAUUGUUAGGGAUAUGGCAAUCAGCACCGUUUCUUAUUUCCUAAGAAUUUUGUCGUGUUGUCUGUGUCCAAAUCUUUUUCAUAAGCAAAUAACAGUCUGCGGCAGUUCUCUCUCUCUCUCUCUCUCUCUCUCUCUCUCUCUCUCUCUCUCUCUCUCUCUCUCUCUCUCUCUCUCUCUCU